AUGCAGACGCUGCCUGCAAAGGCAGCCUCGUCUUCCAAGCCUCGAUUGCUUCACUCGGCGACCCCCGACCGAUGGGAGUGGGAUGCGAUGGUUCAAGAGGAGAAGAUGAUAGAGUCCCGCAGUCGAGCAGAGAGACCAAGCCAGCCGCCGGUGGCUCCCGUCUCAGUGCCAGCGCCAGUCGCAGUCCCAGCGCCGGCAGGUUCGGCUUACAUCCCUGCCCAGGCCUGCAUAGCCCAGGCAGCCCCUAUGGUAUCGCUCCUGACAGUGCCGACGCUUGCAAUUCCGGCUGUCGCUUCUGCGAUGCCAGCAGCGCAGCCAGGUUGCGAGUAUCCUCGCUUGUUGGGUAGCGUGAGCCCAGCAUCGCAGGGCUCACCGAAGCCAGUGUCGCCCAGUGUCUCCCCACGUGUGCGGCCAGGGACACUGGAGACGACGCACCUGGACGAAAAUCGGGAGUUGGUCAAGUGGUACGUGGAUGCCACGAAGUUCGAUUCGAACUCGGAGCGGCUUCUAAGCCCAGAGUUCGUUCUGCACUUCCCCGGACAUGCAGAGCCCUUCACCUUCCGGAUGGUAAUCCUCGCCACGCAGACAGGUGGCAAGCAUGGUGCUGGAUUCAAGAAGGCGAAGGGCAGGGGCAGCAUUGAGCUGAAGUGUUCUUCCGCCGUGCCUUCAGGUGUGGACAGUGUCACUGCCCUUGUCACCAUUGGCGAAGGUGCGCGCAAGCAGAUCCCAACUGAACACAACUUCAGCGACAAGACAUGCUGCCAGUUGCCCAAUGGGGAGGAGGCAGAUUGGGAUUUCAAGCAGUCGGUCAGCCGAGACGCCAAGUGCUUGGAGAUCGCAGUGGAGGUCCACUUUUGA